AUGCCGAGCGAGCCCACGCCAAAGUACCACCAAAAGGUGUACCCCAAUUUCAGUUUGAAAGACAAAGUAUACAUUGUUACAGGAGGAGGGAGGGGGUUGGGCCUUGUGAUGGCAGAAGCAAUGACAGAAGCAGGAGCUGAAGUACAUUGCUUUGACCGGCUAAAGGAGCCUGAUCCCGAGUUCGCUGUUUCGCAGGAGAUUGCGAACAGAGACCACAUUGGGUCUUUACAUUACCAUCAUGUUGAUGUCCGCGACUCGAAGCACCUGGAUGAUUCAGUUUCUAAAGUUACAGCUCACUCAGGCCGAAUUGACGGCCUUGUAGCCGCCGCUGGAAUACAGCAGCUCAAGGACGCAGUCGAUUUUACCCCAGAAGAGGUUACCAGGAUGUUUGACAUAAACUACACUGGACUUUUCAUGACAGUCCAGGCAGUCGCGCGGCAUAUGCUGGAUUUUGGGACCCACGGCUCCAUAGUUCUGAUAGCUAGUAUGAGUGGCUUUGUUGCAAACAAAGGUAUGCAUUCGGCUACUUAUAACUCUUCGAAAGCGGCGGUGAUCCAGCUAGGUCGCAAUCUUGCGAUGGAAUGGGGACCGAAGGGCAUACGGGUCAAUUCUCUCUGCCCAGGGCAUGUCAUUACACCAAUGGUGGAGAAAAAUUUCGAAGAAGUCCCUGAUCUCAAAACAGUUUGGACAAAGGAGAGUAUGCUGGGUCGCUUAGCUCAGCCUGAGGAGUUUACCGGGGCCGUUAUUUUUAUGCUAAGCGAUGCGAGCAGUUAUAUGACUGGCAGUUCACUUCUCAUUGAUGGCGGCCACACUGCGUGGUAG